UGCUACGCAGCGAGUGUAAUCAAAAUGGCGGACAACCACUAGCAGUGUUUAGUUUGUAAUCAUUGUGCUUGAAAGUCAAUUGCAAAACGUGGUAGUAUUACAAUCGUAUACGAAUGUUGAUAAUCACCGACGGUCUUCCGACAAACAGCGCGCGAUGUGGUGCGGCGGAUGCGAGGUUUGGACACGCACGCUUCUGACGUGCGCGAUCGGCGCUUGUUCAAUUCUCGGUGACUACGGGUUGAGAUACGGCAAGAGCGAGUCGGAACGCGCGAUAUUUGACAAUGCGACGCAUGCGACGGUAGGCGGUCUAACAUGGAUGCUAAUUGUUGUUUUGUCGCGAAAGCCAUUCGUACGUAAUCUGAACAGUAUAUUCUCCUGCUUCCUGCUGGCGUCGCUCGUUGACGUGGAUCACUUUAUCGCGGCGCGCAGUUGGCACAUCCAUGAUGCCACGCAUUUGCAAAAACGUCCGUUCUUACAUUGCACCACGGUUCCUAUUCUGCUAUGGAUAUUUUUCAUUUCACUCUCCAGUGUUUUCCAUUCUCCUAUGCUGGAACAUACUUCCUGGGUGAUACUGGCCGCUUUUCUGAGUCAUCAUAUACGUGACGGUACGAGAAGAAGAGGUCUAUGGUUCUGUCCCUUUGGAUCUACCCGUCCUAUUCCCUACUACCUAUACGUGAGUCUUUGUAUGUCCCUUCCUUAUAUAUUACAUUGGUUCAUGAACCAGCAUACAUUUGCGCAGAAGAGUGACAGCGAUAUAACUGUCAUCGAUAUAUGAAAUUUGUUUUAUAAUGUGCAAUACUGUGUACAAACUGUCCAUCCAAUCUGAUAUUUUUUUUUAAACGAGAAUUAUAAAUGACUACUGUUGCAAACUAAAAACAGUGCCAUAUUAAUACUACAAUAAUCAAAAUUUUUAUAUUUUUUGUAUGUUUAUAUGAAAGAUGACAUAGGGAUCAGUAAAAAUUAAGUUUUCUUAGAGAAAAAGAUAUUACAAUUACAAAUAUUGAUAUUUGCUUUAGUAAAAUUUUAGAUUUAAUUAAAUUGAUAUUUAAUAUAUUGAAAGUUAUAAAAAAAUUACAGUAAAAACUUAUUUCUUUAAUUUUGAUUUCUAAGAAUUCUAAAUUACAUUUUUCAUAAUUCAAACAAUACAUGAGAAAUGUAAUAUGUACAAAAUGUGUAAUAUAAUUUUUACACAAUUUAUAGAUAUAUCUUUAAGACAUAAUCGCAUAAUUUAAUGACAUCACUACUUAUUAUCUCCUAUAGACAGCAUAAGUUAAAUACGGUUGAUGGUCAACAUAAAUUAAAUAUGGUUGACAAUGUUUAUAACGUGACAACAACGAUGUUGUAUCGUUGUGCGCGUAAUGCGAAAGGGAAAAUCUGAAUGAAAUUUUUGUAAGUUAUGGAUAGCAACGCGCGCGCACGACAUAUGUCGCACGUAUAAUGUUUACGCACAGGUCGUUGCAGCUGUGCAGAGUUAUGAGUCCUACUGCAUUUGUUUUCUAUGUGUGCAUAUUCACGAGUCAAUGCAGCGGCCUGUUCAUGUUUUUAUGCGGGUCGCUGGUGGUAUCCAUAUACUUGCAAGCAUUCCUAGCGUCUUGAAGUGCAUAUUUUGUAAUGUACAUGUCAAUCUUUUAAUCGUGAAGCGCUAAUUAAUGCUCACGUUAAAUUAAAAUAAUAAUCAUAGCGCAACGAA